CGAGUUCGAGCAUUUUUGCCUGUAUUGCAACAAGGUCAGCGAAAGAAUGCCCAUUGGACUCUUUUUGGGAUUUUAUGUCAACAUCGUAGUUGGGCAGUGGUGGGGACGAUUCUGCGCAAUCCCAUGGCCAGACUCGGUCGUGCUGGCAAUAUGCGCCUACAUACAAGGGGAUUCGAAGUCGUUGACUGCUCGAAGGCACACACUGAUUCGCUACGUUCAUCUUACUUACAUCUUGCAUAUGCGCGGUAUGUCAUCGAGGGUCAAGCAACAGUAUCCUACUAUUGAACACGUCGUUACAGCAGGUAUCAUGACAGAACAAGAGAAGGAUUUAUUCUUGCAAAGUGGGGAUGAUGGAAAAAGCGGCAUUGCUUUUUUGCCAAUUAUGUGGGCAGUAAAUUUGAUUAAUCAAUUAAGGACGGAGGGAGCCAUUCCCAACGCAACCAGUUUGGAACUACUGCAGGAGGAACUCAGAAAUUUCCGCGGAGGGUUUGGGGUUGUGUGGACCUACAACUACCUUAGUGUUCCGCUUGCUUAUACCCAGAUAUCACUGAUCAUCAUCUACUCUUACUUUGGACUUUCGAUUUUCGCUUGGCAGCCUUUGAAUGCAACACAAAAUUACAUAGGUCAUAACAUAAAUGUUUACGUCCCAGUUUUCGGACUCCUUCAACUGGCGUUCUAUAUAGGUUGGUCAAAGUACCCGGUCAAAGAGCUCCUAAAGAUUGUUUUGAGGGCGAGGGACUCAAGUCUCUAUCAGUAUCAGUAUAUUUGA